GCUUUAUUUCUUUUUUUUUUCUUUCUUUCUAUCCCUUUACGAAAGAAUUAAACAAAAAUUAAAAAAUUCCACCACUCUCUAGGUGGAAAAAAGAACUAUUUCUCUCUCUUCUGCAACUGCAACUGAUAAUCAGAUCAUAGUUUUCCUAGAUUUUCCCACCUUUUCCCGUACUUUCUUGCCCAGAUUCUCGCUCUCGAGCUCAGUGACUCGGUAACUCGUCGACUCAACAACUCAGCGAUUUUGUGUUUGCUUUUCGGAAUAAUCGGAUUCAGUGGACUCACUCAGUCUCAUCUCCUUCACCUCCAUUUUGAAAAUUUUCGCAGUACUGAAGCUUCACUCGUCGCUCAGCUCAGGUGUCGGAACAGUUCUGGAAGCUGUAGCUGGAGCGACUUUGAGUCCGAAACGAGUGGCUAUGUUGGUUGAUUCGGGCGUCGGUGACAAUUGGGGACUGUUUGCGUGUGUCAAUUCGGGGUUUGAGUUAGAGUUUCAGCUAGCGAUUGGUGGUUAAAUGGCGGUGUUUGGCAUUGAGCAUGUCUCUUUCUCAAAUUUGCUUUUAGAUUUAGGGUUUUCUUUUCACUAAAAAACACGCUUUUUCGCGUAAUGUCGCGGACCGAUAGAAUGGCUUCGGAUCUCAGCAGGACUGGUCCCGUAGAGAGGGAUAUCGAGCAGGCCAUUACUGCCCUGAAGAAAGGAGCAUGCUUGCUCAAGUAUGGAAGAAGAGGGAAACCCAAGUUUUGUCCCUUUCGUCUUUCCAAUGAUGAGUCUGUUUUAAUAUGGUUCUCCGGGAAAGAGGAGAAACACCUUAAACUGAGCCAUGUUUCUAGAAUUAUAUCAGGGCAACGCACCCCAAUCUUUCAAAGAUAUCCACGGCCAGAGAAGGAGUACCAGUCAUUUUCUCUUAUCUAUAAUGAUAGAUCACUGGACUUGAUUUGCAAAGAUAAAGAUGAAGCUGAGGUAUGGUUUAGUGGUUUAAAAGCAUUGAUAUCCCGUGGUCAUCAUCGAAAAUGGAGAAAUGAGUCUAGGAGUGAUGGAAUCCCAUCUGAGGCAAAUAGUCCUAGAACAUACACGAGGAGGAGUUCUCCUUUGCAUUCUCCCUUCGGUAGUAAUGAUAGCUUACAGAAGGAUGGUUCAGAUCAUCUUCGCCUUCAUAGUCCAUAUGAAAGUCCUCCAAAAAAUGGUCUGGACAAGGCAUUAUCAGAUGUGAUACAAUAUGCUGUUCCUCCCAAGGGUUUCUUCCCCUCAGAUUCUGCAACUGCUUCAGUCCAUUCUUUGUCUUCAGGAGGCUCAGAUAGUGUACAUAUGAAGGCAAUGCCGAUGGAUGCUUUUAGAGUCAGUCUAUCGAGUGCUGUUAGUUCAUCAAGCCAAGGUUCUGGUCAUGAUGAUGGUGAUGCCCUGGGAGACGUUUUCAUUUGGGGGGAAGGAACAGGAGAUGGUGUUUUGGGUGGUGGAACACAUAGAGUUGGAAAUAGUUUUGCUGGAAAAAUGGAUUCUUUAUUGCCCAAAGCCUUAGAAUCUGCUGUAGUGCUUGAUGUUCAUCACAUCGCAUGUGGUGGACGACAUGCUUCUUUGGUUACGAAGCAAGGAGAAGUUUUCUCCUGGGGGGAGGAAUCAGGAGGCAGGCUUGGCCAUGGUGUAGAUUCUGACGUUUUUUAUCCGAAACUUAUUGAUGCCUUGAGUAAUACAAACAUUGAGCUUGUAGCUUGUGGUGAGUACCACACAUGUGCUGUAACUCUUUCUGGUGAUUUGUACACAUGGGGGGAUGGUGCUUACAAUUUUGGUCUUCUUGGCCAUGGAAAUGAAGUGAGUCAUUGGAUGCCAAAAAGAGUUAAUGGUCCUUUGGAAGGCAUUCAUGUCUCAUCUAUCUCUUGUGGACCCUGGCACACUGCUGUUGUGACAUCUGCUGGACAAUUGUUCACUUUUGGUGAUGGAACAUUUGGUGUUUUGGGCCAUGGAGAUAGGAUGAGUGUUUCAUUACCCAGGGAAGUGGAAUCCUUGAAGGGGCUCCGUACUGUGCGAGCAGCUUGUGGUGUUUGGCAUACUGCUGCCGUUGUGGAAGUCAUGGUUGGGAAUUCAAGUUCUAGCAACUGUUCUUCAGGAAAGCUGUUCACUUGGGGAGAUGGUGAUAAAGGCCGUCUUGGUCAUGGUGACAAGGAAGCAAGGCUUGUGCCUACUUGUGUUGCUGCCCUUGUUGAACCAAACUUUUGUCGAGUUGCUUGUGGACAUGGUUUGACAGUUGCACUUACAACAUCCGGCAAUGUCUAUACAAUGGGCAGUCCAAUUUGUGGCCAGUUGGGAAAUCCUCAAGCUGAUGGAAAGCUUCCAACCCGUGUGGAAGGAAAAUUAUCCAAGAGUUUUGUGGAUGAAAUAGCUUGUGGUGCGUAUCAUGUUGCUGUUUUGACUUCAAGAACCGAAGUUUAUACUUGGGGAAAGGGAGCAAAUGGGCGUUUAGGUCAUGGGGACAUAGAUGAUCGAACUUCUCCUACCUUAGUUGAAGCUUUGAAAGACAAGCAAGUUAGAAGCAUUGCUUGUGGCACUAAUUUUACUGCAGCUAUUUGUCUUCAUAAGUGGGUAUCAGGAAUCGAUCAAUCUAUGUGUUCUGGUUGCCGUCUACCAUUUAAUUUCAAAAGAAAACGCCAUAAUUGUUAUAAUUGUGGGCUUGUUUUCUGCCAUUCAUGUAGCAGUAAAAAGUCUCUUAAGGCUUCCAUGGCACCAAACCCCAACAAACCCUAUCGUGUUUGUGAUAGUUGUUUUAACAAACUCAGAAAAGCUAUUGAAACUGAUGUUUCAUCUCAGUCUUCUGUGAGCAGAAGAGGAAGUAUCAAUCAGGGGUCAAAUGAAUUCAUUGAUAAAGAUGAGAAGUUGGAUUCAAGAUCUCGAACACAACUUGCUAGAUUUUCUUCUAUGGAGUCUUUGAAGCAAGUGGAAACCCGGUCUUCAAAGAAGAACAAGAAACUGGAAUUUAAUAGCAGUCGGGUCUCACCUAUUCCAAAUGGAAGUUCACAGUGGGGAGCUCUUAAUAUUUCCAAGUCUUUUAAUCCAGUUUUUGGGUCAUCCAAGAAGUUUUUCUCAGCUUCUGUUCCUGGAUCAAGAAUUGUUUCUCGAGCAACAUCUCCAAUUUCAAGGCGGCCCAGUCCUCCUCGUUCUACAACACCAACUCCAACUCUUGGAGGACUUACAUCACCAAAGAUUGUUGUAGAUGAUGCCAAAAGGACAAACGAGAGCCUCAGCCAGGAGGUUAUCAAACUAAGAACACAGGUUGAAAAUCUUACACGGAAGGCACAACUUCAAGAAGUUGAGCUGGAAAGAACAACUAAACUGCUCAAGGAAGCAAGAGAAAGUGCAGGGGAAGAGGCUGCCAAGUGUAAGGCAGCAAAAGAAGUCAUCAAGUCGCUUACAGCCCAAUUAAAGGAGAUGGCCGAAAAACUUCCUGUUGGAGCAUCCCGGAAUACUAAAUCACCUUCUCUCACUUCUCUGGGCUCUGAUCAUGUGUUUAGCGAUAUUUCUAAUCCUUCAAUUGAAAGAUUGAGUGGUCAAAUAUUAUCCCAAGAUUCAGAGCCAAAUGGAGCAAAUGGCCAAUUGCAUUGCAAUGGGUCCACUACCACCAGUAAUAGGAGUUCAGGUCAUAAUAAACAAGGCCAUUCAGAUGUAACAACUAGAAAUGGGAGCCGAACAAAAGAUGGUGAAUCUCGUAAUGACAAUGAAUGGGUUGAGCAAGACGAAGCGGGUGUUUACAUUACACUUACCUCUCUUCCAGGAGGUGCCAAGGAUCUCAAGCGUGUUCGCUUCAGUCGAAAACGGUUUAGUGAAAAACAAGCAGAGCAAUGGUGGGCAGAGAACCGAACCAGAGUUUAUGAGCAAUACAACGUUCGCACUAUGGACAAGUCUAGUGUUGGUGUUGGGAGCGAGGACUUGGCUCACUGACCUAUUGAUACAAUCUUUAUGUAAAUGAAAGGAUUUUCUCUAGAUUGGAGCUUGAGUAACAGUGAGGUCAUACUGAUUAAUUAGAGUUGGCUUCCAUCCUUCUAAAGGAGCUAAGUAAAGGAAGCAAAGGCUUGGGUAUAGGAAGGAGAAUUAAGAGGGGUUUGAUUGUGUUUUCUCAUUUUAUCCAAUUUGUCUCUGAUUUUAAUUUUUCCCCCCUUUUUGAUUUGUAUUCCAUUUUUUCCCUAUGUGCCUUUGUGUGGGGGAUUGAGGGUCAGAAAUGUAAAUUCCUAGUAGGUUGCUGGCUCAUGUUGAAAGCAGCUGCCUUGUAAAUUCCAUAAGUGAAUGCAUCUGCAGUUUUUUUUUUGCCCCUUCCCUUCACCACGGUUUAUACAUUUUUUCAGGUAAUCUUACAGUCAAUUGCUAUGUAAUUUUUAGGCCAUGCUUUGUUUUUCUUAUCCAAUUAAGUUGCCCUCCAUCCAAUCCACACAGAAUUUAACGGGAAUAUUUUUUAAAAAUUUACAGUUUUUGUGAUAUUGCUGGUUCUGAA